AUGAAGGUUGUUGAUAAAAAUAAGGGUUGGCUUUCACCAGAGACUCCGUCUAAACCCAAGAGGCAAUGCAUGGUGGAAGUUGAAGGAGGUGAUUGUGGUGUUGAGUCUUCCAAGAAAAGGAAGAACAAUGCAGUUGAAGUUAAUGGUGAUCGCUCACAUAUUAUAAUUAAAAAGAAGACAUAUCGACCUAAAGUGGCCACUCAAUUAUUCAAGAGAACAAAGAAAUCUGAGCCCAAAAGUAGGAAUUCUCCAAAACCUUCACUUCCAGCCAAGAAAAAUAUUUAUGUAAGGAAGGUUCCUAAAGAUCAGAGGUCAUUAUCUGGUGAAGACUUUGAUGCCUCUUUGCCAUUUCUGAAGAAUUUCAAAGGUUAUAAGUAUGAGCAGGGUGAGUUUGAGAAUCAUCGAUUGGGUAUUGGAUAUAAUUCGUUGCGACGGUAUCAAAAUGUGGCAAGUUUUUGUCAAGUGGAGAGCAGACGAAUCAGAGAAAACUUUCCAAAAAUGUGUAAAAGGAAACGAACUCGCGGAGAAAGACAAUGUUUGGAGAAACUUUUGCUCUCAUCCCCUUAUGUAAAGGGGAAAAGAUCGAAGAGUUUCACUAGGAAGAGAAAAUGCUGGACGGUUUUUAAAUCUGAAGACAACGCCAAAGUUAGUAGAGAAAUGAGACUUAUAAUCAACAAAAUUUGUUCUUUGAAGAAAAAGAGAGGGAAGCUAGUCGUUUGUGAAAAUUCAAGCGAAUUAGUUUCUUAUAAACAACCAUCCUUAGGUGUGGAUAUUUUACUUGAUGAAGAGACAUUACGAGUUUGGAAUUUGCUCUCGAAUGAACAAGGACAUGAAGAUAAUGAUGAGAUGAAGAGGCAAUAUUGGGAAAAUAUAAGAAUUGGCUACCGUGGUGUGGUUGAGUCUUUCAUAUCUCGUAUGAACAUUGUCCAAGGUGAUAGACGUUUCUCACCAUGGAAAGGUUCAGUUAUGGAUUCUGUAAUUGGAGCUUUCUUAACUCAAAAUGUGUCUGACCAUUUAUCAAGCUCUGCUUUCAUGACACUUGUUGCAAAGUUUCCUACUAAAAUUAACUCUGGAGAAUGUAGCAAGGGCCCAACUAUUCCAAAUAAACAAGAAUUGGAUCAAAAAAAGAGUUCAAAUUUCAUGGUUAGAGAGACAGAGUCUCCUCCUUGCAUGGACUUUGAUAAGGAAAAAUCAGUCAACAUAAAGAAAAGUGCCAAUCAAGUGAAAAAAGAGAAGUUAUUGGAAAAGGAACGAUUAUGGGAUUUAUUAAGAAAACUCAAUACUAGAUUCCACCGACCCUGUGAUCAAAUGGAUUCUGCUGAUUGGGAAGCUGUAAGAUGUGCUGAACCUAAAGAAGUUGCAAAAGCUAUUUCAUCUCGUGGUCAACACAAUAUUAUUGCCGGAAGAAUACAGAGGUUACUCAAUAUGCUAAUGGAGUCAAAUGGAAGCGUGGACUUGGAAUGGCUAAGACGUAUUCCACCAAAGGAAGCAAAGGAAUAUCUUUUGAAUAUAUAUGGACUGGGAUUAAAAAGUGUAGAAUGCAUACGCCUUUUAACACUUCAACAUAGGGCUUUUCCGGUGGAUGUAAAUGUUGGAAGAAUUGUUGUACGUUUGGGAUGGGUUCCCAUCCAAUCAUUACAUGAACCAAUUAAAUUACAUAAUCUAGAGGAGUUUCCACAUCCUAACAAAGUUCAACAAUAUCUUUGGCCACGACUGUGCACUCUAGAUCAGCGUACAUUGUAUGAGUUACAUUAUCAGCUGAUAACCUUCGGAAAGGUUUUUUGCACAAAGAAAACACCCAAUUGCUCAGCUUGUCCGAUGAAGAAUGAUUGUAAAUAUUAUGCAAGUGCUCUUGCAAGUACAAAGUUGGCUUUACCCCAAGGCAACUUAACCAAGGUAGUGAGUCAACAAUAUGAGCCUAUAAUUGAGAUGCCACCAUCACCGGAACAUGAAAACUCAAAAUUGGGUGAAUUAGAAGUAAAUAACAAUGACGAGUUUUUCAAGAAUGAUUUUCAUGAUGAUAUAACUGAAGAUAUUGAAGACCUUCCAACAAUCAAGCUGAAAAGUCAUGAAUGCUUCUCAAAAGCACAUGAUUAUUCUUGUGAAAAGUCUGAGCAUGUCAUGAAUAUGUCAACAACUUUGGUCACGUUAGAUGCAGAUGCUGCAAAUAUUCCCUUGCCAAAAAUGAAAAGUGUUAGUCGCUUAAAGACCGAGCGUUUGGUCUAUGUUCUUACUGAUGAUCACCCUCUCCUAAAAGAGCGUGAUCCGCGAGAACUUGAUGAUCCUUCUCCUUACCUUCUGGUUGUAUGGACUAAAGGGGAAUUAGAAAUCUCAUCCGAGUCAACCAAGGAUAACCUGCUGGAGGACUGCAAUAGUCUAACCGUUCCUGGAACUCUUUUGAUACCGUGUCGAACUGCAAUGAGAGGACGUUUCCCACUUAAUGGAACAUACUUUCAAGUUAAUGAGGUUUUUGCUGAUUACGCUUCAAUGAUACACCCAAUCAAUGUUCCUACAAAAUGGUUAUGGAAUUUAAAGAAAAAAAUAGUAUAUUUCGGGACAGGAACAUCAUCAAUAAUGAGAGGUUUGUCAUUGGAGCAAAUUCACGCUUGUUUUCAGAAUGGUUUUGUAUGUGUGAGAGCAAUGGAUGCAAAGACUAGAGCUUCGAGGCCUAUAUCAUCUAUAUUGCAUCGCAACACAGUUACCAAAGUUGGAAAGGAAAACAAAAAUGUUCUGGUUAAUGAGAAAUAG